AGAACUACAAUCAACACCCAUUUUAAUGCACAAUAGCAAUUCCAACCAUAGUAGUUUAGUUAAUAUAGCGAUGGGCAGUCAUGGCAAAGACAAACCACAGACACUCUCGACUGUAACACAACACAAACACACGAAUCACACUAUAAUUAAUGCCGAUAAUGCAGACUACCAUGUUACUUUCAGUGAUGGUAACUAUAAAACCCAAUUCAUUGAGAUGUCAGCCAUAGGUUUGGGUGGUUUUGGGACUGUAUUUAAAGUAAGGCAUAGAUUGGAUGAUAAGAUAUAUGCCGUUAAAAGAGUACAAUUUGGGGAUUUUAGUGAAGAAAAGAAACAAAAAGUAUUAAAAGAAGUGAAAAGUUUGGCAAAACUGGACUCAAAUUUUGUAGUCAAGUAUUACAACUCAUGGCUUGAGUCCAAUCAUCUCUUCAUUCAAAUGGAGUUCUGUUCACAAAAUCUCAAAUCUGUUCUCAAAGACAAACCCAUUGUCUUCGAGAGACAACCGGAAGAAGAGAUGAAUGUCUUUGAGUUUUUCAUUUCAUGUGAAAUAUUUAAACAACUCUUAGAAUGCGUUGAAUAUCUUCAUGAAUCAAAUCCACGAGUCAUUCAUCGGGAUCUCAAACCCGACAACAUUUUAAUUAAUCCCAACUUUAAGUGCAAUCGUUGUGUAAAACUGUGUGACUUUGGUUUAGCCACUGAUCACAACACCGAUAGACACACUGCCAGCCGAUACGGCCAUACGUCAGGUGUGGGUAGUAUUGCAUAUAUGGCUCCCGAAGUGAUUCAUUGUCGCGAAUAUAACCACAAAUCAGACAUUUAUAGUCUCUCUAUAAUCGGUGAACAGAUGUUUGCUAUCGAUCUUCAGGCCUCGCAAUCAUUUGAAGCAAAGGACUCACUGUUUAAGACAUGUAUACUAUGUUUGUGUCAAACACUCGAGAAAAUGAUGAAAACACCGAAAUGGAGGAAAAGACCCGAAUGUAGGGAAGUGUUGGCCAAACAUAACGAGUGGUCCACUGAUAGGACUGUUAUCACUCAUCACAAGGACAGAAAU